UUAUUUGCAUUUCUUACAUAGGCUGCAAGCAAUGCGUGUAUUUACUUCUGCACCAAUUGUUAAGAGAUUCGAUGUUUUCACUCUUGAGACAGCUGAUGGAAUCUGCAUUGUCCUUAAAGGUUUCAUAAACAAAUCGCGCACAAUUGAAAAUGGAUUUUCCUCUGAGGUUUUUAGCCAUUUCGUGUUUGGCUUUCCUACUAAUUGGGAAAAGUUAUUGGGAAAAGAGUUUACGGCUGGAACUGGUUCAGCAACAUGCUCUGAUGUUAACAAAUCAGCAACAGUUUUGGAAUCUGUUGCAGGUUUGGCAAAUUCUGGGUUGAACACAACCCCAAGUAAAUACAAGGAAAAUGACAAAAAAAAGUCUUUACUCAACCAACCUUACCACUGA